ACUGGUCCCUCCAAGCCUGCUGUCUGGCCUCGGGGACAAUAUAAAACAGGUCGGAACCCUGUUGCCUGCCUACUCAGUUCAUCCCCAGAAGCAGCUACUCCAGGAACAGAGGUGCCAUGCAGCUCCGGGUGCUGCUCGCUGUGACCCUCCUGGCACUCCUGGCCUCUGCCCGAGCUGAGGAGACCGAGGAGGCCUCCCUCCUGGGCUACAUGCAGGGCUACAUGCAGCACGCCUCCAAGACUGCCCAGGACGCACUGAGCAGAGUGCAGGGCUCUCAGAUGGCCCAGAACGCCAGGGGCUGGGUGAGUGACGGCUUAAACUCCCUGAAAGACUACUGGAGCUCCUUCGCGGACAAGUGGUCCGGGUUCUGGGACACCACCUCUGAGAAGGCCAAACCAACCCCGGCCCCCGAGGGCAUCUGAGCUCUCCAGGUUCCAAGUGCCUGUCCACCCACCCUGCCAGCUCCUGGGUCCUGUGGCCUCCCGGGCCGCCCCCUGAGUUUGCUUGAAAGGGACAGGGCUCUCGGUGCCUUCCCAGCCCUCCCCAGACCUGGCCACCUCCAACCAUGCUGCCUCCCAAUAAAGCUGGAUGAGAAGCUGCCAUGAGCGGGCAUCCCUCAUGUGCCAUGUAUGAGUGGGCCUGGGAAGAGCUGGGCCUGGGCGUGUGGUCUCCGAGCCCGAAUUUCUUCAUCUGUAGGGUAGGAAGAACCUUUUUGCCCUGCUUGCCUUGACAAGCUGGUGUGAAAGCUCACAUGGAAGGACAGCUUUGAUGAAACUGAUAAACUGUCAAGUGCUGCACA